AUGCCCAAGGAACACAAGAAGCGCGGUCGUCGCGAAGAGGAGAAGAAGCGCAAGCGGGACGUCGACGACGAUACAACCUCCAAGAGACACAAGAACGAAGAUGUCGACGAGCACAUCCCAGAUGCUGAGGCGUUCCAGCAGGAAGCCACCGAUGGCGUCACUCCCGCCGCCCUGCCCUUCUAUGGCAUGCUCGACGACGAUGAGCAGGAGUACUUCAAGCGCGCCGAUGAAAUGCUCGAGCUAAACCAGUUCGACGAUGCAGAGGCGCGCACUCUAUUCCUCGAAAGUGUAUACAAGGAAGCAGACGGGAAAGAACUCAAGAUUGCGAACAGUCAGUCGUGCUCGCGCCUGCUCGAGCGUCUGAUCCUGCUCUCUACGCCAGACCAGCUGAAAGGACUGUUCCAAAAGUUCAGUGGACACUUCCUCAAUCUCGUACAGCACCGUUUCGCCUCGCACUGCUGUGAAGCCCUCUUCCUACAAGCUGCGCCCGUUGUCACGCAAGAACUUGCCAAACCCGAUUUGCAGACCCCUCCAUCCUCUGACCCCGACCAAGUCUUCGUCUCUAUGGAGAAUCUGUUCCUCUAUACCCUGAAUGAGCUGGAGGGAUACGUAGGCUUCCUGAUGACGGAUCGCUUUGCCUCACACGUACUACGAGUGUUGCUCGUCAUCUUCUCUGGGUCACCACUAGAAAAGCAGACCAAAUCCGUCAUGCAGAGCAAGAGGAAAGAAAAGGUUGGCGUCGCAGGCUCUGAGAAGGGGCAAGACUUGGUACUAGAGAAACGGACUGUGCCGCAGUCGUUCCUGCGAGCCCUAGAAAAAGUCAUCAACGACAGCGUGUCAGGAUUUGAGCCACACUACCUGCGUUCGCUUUCUACACACCCCUUGGGCAACCCGACUCUACAACUACUCCUCAAACUAGAACUAUCACAUUUUGGCAAGUCAAGAGCCAAGGACGAGAAGUCGAUCAUCCAUAGGCUAUUACCCGAUGACCCAAUUGCAGAAGGAACAGAGAGCGCCUCAUUCAUCAACGGUCUCGUCUACGAUCCUAUCGGUUCGCGACUGCUGGAAACCAUCAUCGAGAACGCCCCUGGCAAGCUGUUCAAGUCCAUUUACGGGGAGUUCUUCAAGGAGCGAAUGGGCAGUUUGGCGCGCAACGAAAUCGCUGGAUACGUAGCUGGAAAGAUACUCGAACGACUGGGCAAAGAUGAUCUGGAAGAGGCUAUGCGUCAGAUUGUGGACCAAAUACCAAACUUGGUCGAGCGCAACAGAACAUCCAUUAUCAAAACUCUUAUCGAGCGAUGCAUGGCUCGGGAAGUAGACACAUCUCCGAUCAAAGCGCAACUCGAGACCGCUUACGGUGGUUCCAACGGCUUCGAGGUCACACGAAUCCUCAAACUCAGUGGGGAAGACGCAAAGCCCAAUGGCAAACAGGAACACUCGCCGGAAAAGGUUCAUGGGUCUCUCCUAGCGCAGACUAUGAUGUUAGUGGAAGGACCCCUGGGCAGCCUUGUCUUUGACUCUCUCGCCAAUUUAUCACCUGAACUCUCCAUCCAAAUAGCUCGCGAUCCCACAGCAUCACGUACACUCCAAGCAGCAUUGACCUCCAAGAACGCUUCAGUCAUCUUCCGUCGGAAAAUGAUACAACAGUUCUACGGCAAAGUCGGUGAACUCGCACUUGAUCCCGCCGCAUCGCGCGUUAUCGAUGCCAUAUGGGAUGGCACCCACGGCCUAGCCUUCAUCCGCGAACGUAUCGCCGAAGAGCUCGCUGAAAACGAGAACUCACUGCGUGAAUCUUUUGUCGGUCGUGCCGUCUGGCGAAAUUGGAAGAUGGACCUUUACAAGCGUAACCGAUACGACUGGGUCAAGCAGUCACGCUAUACUGCUGGGAACGACGGAUUUCAGUCUUUUCCAGAGAGCAAUACGGCAACAUCGCCACAGAACCAGCACAACCACAGAUCUGGCAGACAAAUGACAGCCAUCGAACUCGCAAGGCAAAAACACGCUGCGUCCAAAGCGGCUGGAGCGAAGAGGAAGGAAGCCCUAGCGAAAAAGGACGGUAAAAGGGAUGGGAGGGGAGAGUUGUGA